AUGAGGGAGAUCCGGGACUUCAAGUCGACGGACACGCUCUCGGAAGCUUUUACGACGGCGGUCACGAUUCUUCUGCACAAGAAAGGGAGCAGAGACGAUUUGGGCAACUAUCGACCGAUCACUUUACUGGGCUUUUUCUACAAACUGCUGGCGAAGGUGUUGGCGAACAGAAUCAGGGUGGUCUUACCGAAAGUGAUCUCGCCCAACCAGUUCGGCUUCCUCCCGGGAAGGAGUCUUGCCGAUGCGGUCUCACUGGUGGCAGACGUGAUAGAUGCUGCGGAGCAGGAGGACGAGGACUGGCUGCUGUUGCUGGUCGAUUUUCAAAAGGCUUACGAUUCUGUAUCACGAGAGUACCUGGUCACGACGCUGGGCAACAUGGGGCUCCCGAAGAAAUUGACAGGGUGGGUGAAGGGUCUUCACGAUGGAGCUGCAACCAAGGUGCUGCUGAACGGUUGGAUGGGGGAUCGGGUGGAGACGGCCAAAGGAGUGCGUCAGGGCUGCCCGCUCGCCCCAUAUCUCUUCCUCUGUGCGGUCGAGCCACUCUGCCAGGAAAUAGAAAGGAGGAAGCUGGGGGUCAGGAAGAGAGGCAUGAAAGGGGACUUAGCUUACAUCGGAUAUGCAGACGACACAACACUGGUCUUAAAAGGGAAAAAGCAAGUGGAGGCAGCCGGGAAACUGCUUGGGGAGUUUGCGGAGGUCUCGGGGUUGAGGGUGAAUCGCGAUAAGACGUCGCUGAUGCCGCUGAGGAAAAACUUAAGGAGGCUGCAACCGGCCCCUUGCGGCCCCGUCGCCGCCACGUGCGGCCCCGUCGCCACCACCAGCGGCCCCGUCGCCACCACCUGCGGCCCCAUCGCCGCCACCUGCGGCCACGCAGCCGCCACCUGCGGCCUCGCCACCACCUACGGCCCCGUCGCCGUCACCUGCGCCCCGUCGCCCUCCCCUAGCGGCCCUGUCUCCACUCAGCCGCCCAGCGACCGAGCCGCCGAGCAGCCCAGCAGCCGAGCCGCCCUGCCGCCGAGCCGCCCAGCAGCCGAACCGCCGAGCCGCCCUACUGUCGAGCCGCUGCUGUUCCUACCGGUGCUCCCCGGCCCUCCUUCCUCGGACUGGGACCACUUCCUCUCAGUUUGCCCCACCACUCUCACCAUUGACCUCCUCGAGAAGGGCCUCCUAGCAGCAGAGAAGAGCAUAGUCGCUGUAGGAGCCUCUCGUGGUGACCCUCGCACCCCCGUCUUUGAGGGGUGUUCCCCCUCCCCCCUCUUGCCCUCUGUUGCUUCUGCUGCUACUACCGACCUCGUUGGUUUCAAGUCGGUCGGCGCUGCGUCUGCCCCUAGCGGAAGACGCCGCACCGGCAAGGGCAAGGGGGGCAAGGGCGCUGGAGGGGCUGGCGGGGGCGGUGGAGGUGGUGGUGGAGGCAGUGGAGGGGGUGGGGGUGGUGGUGGGAGUGGUGGCGGGGGUGGCGGCGGCAGCGGCAGCAGUGGAGGCGGAGGAGGCGGCGGUGGUGGCGGAGGGAGCGGAGGUGGCGGAGGAGGCGGAGGUGGAGGAGGCGGCGGAGGCGGCGGCGGUAGCAGUGGACCUGGUCGCGACUCUACGCAGAGGAGUGGCUCCGGUGGUGGUACACGCCAGCAGCAGCAGAGCAGUCGUGAGACCCUGUCCCCUCAGCAGCUUCGUGAGUGGUACGCUGCACGUCAGCGCGGUGGGGUUACGGGUCCCUGCACAUACGUUCUCCGCACCGGCGACCGCGCUGGUGAGCAGUGCGGGGGCCUGCACUCCACCCAGCGCUGUUUCGGCCGCCUGACGGACGCGUGGCGUCACCAGUUCCCUGGGGCCUCUGAGAUCCCUCGCUCGGGAGAGCUGUCUAGGGCGGGGGUUGCUAUCUUUGAUCUUGAUUUUGAUGCUAUUCUUGCUGCCAUGUAUGCUGUUGAUGAUACUGUUGCGGGUGACUGUUACCUGUGUGUACCGCCUGACCCGGGCAUUGAGGCUGCUGCUCUAGGUGCUCGCGCGUCUGCUGCCCCAGGUGCCAGUGCGUUUGCUGCCCCAGGUGCCACUGCGUCUGCUGCCCCAGGUGCUGGUGAGUCUGCGCUCUCAGGUACUACGUCGGCUCAGGCCUUACACACCUUCACCCUUGACUCGGGUGUGUCCCGCUCCUUCUUUCGAGACCGCACCACUCUUACGCCGCUCAGUCGGCCGGUUGCAGUCUCCCUGGCAGACCCCUCUGGGGGUCCUGACCUUGCUAGCUUCUCCACUGUCUUACCGUGCCCGGCAACCCCCUCUGGCACCCUAUCAGGUCUCUACCUCCCCUCAUUCUCUACGAACUUGGUGAGUGGAGCGGACCUACAGGAUAGGGGGUUUGACCAGUUCACUCCUGCGAGUCAGCGGGUGACCCACUGCACGUUGUCAGAACAUAUAGCUUACUUGUUUCUGUAG